AUGUCCACUUCAGUGCUCGAAGUCAUCUCUUUCACAGCGAGCGAGGCGUUUACCGCUGAUCACUCACUAGUAGACAAAGGUCUAGAGUAUCUCAAGAAUGCGGAAGGAUCUCUGAGUGUCUUCACCGGGUUUCAAGUCGAGGAUCCAAAGAAAGCCUAUAUAUUUAUCGUUUGGAAAGCCUACGAAAAUAGCCUGAACGUCCCCAAGAGGGAAGAUUACCCGGCCUACAUAGCGUCUACCGCGCACCUGAUUGCAGGCGACUGGUCACUCCAACACGUCGAAUUAGAUCUGGACCCUACCGCAGCUCUCAGCGCCCCCGUCACAGAAAUCUCCAAAGUCACACCCAAGGAAGGAUUUACGCAAUCGGACGUCGACGCAAUCAUCGUACAGCUCAGAGAGCAUGCCGAUGUUAUCCCCGGUGCACAUGCGCCUUUGCCAUGGGGGAAAAUAAUCCAGGCUCCGGAGACCUAUACACUUGCUGUGGGAUGGGAUACUGUCCAGGCACAUCAGAAUGCAGUACAAGUACCUCCUAUAGACAAAUUGGCUGGUAGACUGUUCCAGAUAUCGGAUUUGGUUGUCUCCCACGUAGCUUUACACAGGAUUUAG